GGGGAGCUUUGUCUGUGUGCGGGUCGAUUCUGAUGCCGGGCCCCCCCCCACUCCCGCACUGUAACCCGCACUGAAGCAUCGUCGCUGAGAAAUCCACGAAACGAACAUCGACUUCUUGAACAACAACAACUACAGCAGCAGCAGUAGCAACAACAUCGACUACAGCAGCAGUAGCAACAACGACUUACAGCAGCAGUAGCAACAACAACGACUACAGCAGCAGUAGCAACAACAACAACAUCGACCCGGGGCUUGCACAGAGACCAAGCCAAGCUGCCGUGGCGCUGGGCGGCUUCGCGAGGCUCGCGGCCCCAGGCUUCAAGGUUCAACUUCUCUCUCUCUCAGGCCCCAGGCUUCAAGGUUCAACUUCUCUCUCUCUCAGGCCCCAGGCUUCAAGGUUCAACUUCUCUCUCUCAGGCCCCAGGCUUCAAGGUUCAACUUCUCUCUCUCUCUCAGGCCCUGGAGACGACUCGAACCGCUCCUCGUAGUUGCGGGGCUGCGUGGCCGCUCGCCAUGGACCCGGGCGCCGCCGCGGAGCUGAGGAGCGAUCGGAGACGCGCGCGGCGGACGGCGUUCGGCCUCUACGUGGAGACACUGCGCGUGCCCGGGCCGGGUGGAGAGUGGCGCUGCUGCGGACAGACGUUCGUGCAGCGCGGGGAGGUUCAUCGCCACGUGGGGACGCACCACGCAGCCGCCGCCGCCGCCGCUGCUGCUGCUGCCACUGCUGCCCGGCGCGACGCCCCCCAGCUCGAGUGGCGGCUCACCCCUGGAGCUCUCCGUGACAGUUCCAGCGCUCGGGCAGCAGGAGAGGGCGACAGGCGAGCAGAAGAUGAAGACGAGGAGGAGGACGCCAGGGGUGAAGAUGCAACGAUGGACGUGCCAUGGCUGCCAGACAUCACCGCCCUGAAUCUGGAUUCACACCCUGGAGAGGAGGGCGAGGUGCUCCUCUUCUACCACUACUGCGACGUCGCCGCCCCCCGCGCGCUCUGCCGCUGGCAGAGGACGCUGUGCGAGCGCCUACAGCUCACGGGGAAGGUGCGCUUGGCCAAGGAGGGCCUCAACGGGACAGUGGGCGGCAUGCGUGCAGCCACACGGGCGUACGUGCAGGCCGUGCUGGCUCACCCGGCCCUCAGGGGCAUGACCCUGGACGACUUCAAGAGCAGCCCGGGCGGCGCUCGCUGCUUCGCGGACCUCCGCGUAGCCGUGCACCAGGAGAUCGUGCCCCUGGGUCUCAGCCCCCAGGCCGUGUCCCACCUUGAUGCAGGGCGUCGUCUCUCACCGGAAGAGUUCCACGAGGAGGUGCAGGCGCUACUGGGACGGGACGCGGCGGAGAGCGGCGGCGGCGGCACGCUGCUGCUCGACUGCCGCAACUUCUACGAGAGCAAGAUCGGCCGCUUCCGCGGGAGCGUGGCGCCCGACAUCCGCAAGUUCAGCUACUUCCCCGAGUACGUGGACCGCAACUUGGAGCUGUUCCGUGGCAAGCGCGUGCUCAUGUACUGCACGGGUGGCGUGCGCUGCGAGCGCGGAUCGGCGUACCUGCGCUCCAAGGGCGUGUGCCAGGAUGUGUGCCAGCUGCAGGGUGGCGUCCACCGCUACCUGGAGCGCUUCCCGCAGGGAUUCUUCCGGGGGAAGCUGUUUGUUUUCGACGAGCGAUACGCCAUCAGCUCUAACGACGACGUCAUUGCCUCGUGUGUGUACUGCGGGCGGCCGUGGGAUGAAUUCCGCCUGUGCAGCACGCGUGCCUGCCGCCAGCUGGUGCUGUCGUGCGAGCCGUGCCGGUCGACCGGCCUCACCGCCUGCUGCCGGCCGUGCCAGGACAAGGCUGGCGCUGCCCCGGCGCGGACGGCGGGAAGGCCCCCGGAGGAGUGCGCGUGUACCGCACGCAGGGAGCGCGCUCCACUACACGCCCAGUCGGAGAGUGACCACUCGCCCACCCACUGACCGCUCACCCACAUGCCAGCUGACCACUCACCUGCCCGCUUACCCACCCACACGCCCCUGACCACUCACCUGCCUGAUGAUCACUCGUCUACCCGCUAACCACCAUCUGCCUGCUUUUCUAUACACAGAAAAGCCUCGCCAUGUCUCAGUACUUUGUUGUAGCGGGAUCUUGUGUUGGGACGUUUGCUGAAUUCCUUGAGUGAUUUGCAAAAUCAGAAUACCCUGCAAAACCCAGGAAUACGAGGAUGUAACACUAAAAAUCAACAGGGACUGGUCGGGAACCCACUUGGUGUACUACCUUGUGGUAUGGCCAAGUAAUCUAUCGGACAGUUAAUUGAUUUCCUGGUAUAAAAUGAAAUAAAUGUACAACGAAGUGAGCAUAUUAAUAAACAUUUUACUUUAA